CCUCUAAAAAUGAGUCAAGCUGGACUUGACUGGCAGCAAUUCUGCGCACUGUGAAUAGGGUAGACCUAAUAGCUUUCCAAACGCAUUGUGCCUUUCACUUGUCGUAGCCUAGGUGCACUGUCCGAAAGCCGGUAAGAGCGGCGGAGGUAAUUUUGUCACCGAGGCAACGGGGGUGUUCCGUACCUACGUCAGCAGAAGGACGGAGGUUCCCGCUGUAAAUAUUUCUCCGUAAGGUGUGUUCUUCGUGAGUGUGUGAGAGAAAGCGAGUGAGUGACCGUCAGAGAGUGGAAGGAAAGGGGGGCUAGGCAUUCGGUAUAACGGAAGACCGCUCGUCUUGGAUAACCAAGGAGGAAAAAACGAAACCGACGGCAGCGCGCACUAGACGCAUAGCCUUGUCUACAGUAGACAGGGCAAGUCAUAUUUAGGCUGCAUGAGCACUAUGCCACGUUUACCACGGAUGUUGCGGUAGUGGGACUGGCUUUGCCCCUGAACAGUGGCUCCCGUCGACGGUUGAUUAUCUCAGGGAUUUCAGCAUGGCCCGGGUGGGAAAUGGAGCUGGAAAUAACGACAUUGAUGAGGAGUGUUUUGAAGAUGCCUUUGAUCAGAUCCCUGUGGCCUGUAAGAUGGACCUCCAGACCUCCAUAGAGGAGUGUACCAUGGCCCUCAACCUCGUCCUCAACAACAAGUUCUCAGAGGCCUUGGACCUCCUCAAGCCCUGGGCUAAGGAUAGCAUGUACCAUGCGCUGGGCUACAGCAGCAUCCUUGUAAUGCAGGCCGCCAUGACCUUCGAGCACAGCGACAUCCAGGCUGCCAUGACAACCAUCAAGGACGCCCUGCAGACAUGCCAGAGGUUCAAGAAGAGAAGCUCAGUGGUAGGCUCACUCUCCAGUCUGGUGACGAAACAAUCCCCUGACAACUUGAAGGAGGAGGAGAUGCAUGCAGAUCUCUGCUAUGCCGAGUGCCUGCUGCAAAAAGCCACAUUAACCUUUGUACAGGAUGAGAACAUGAUCAGCUUCAUCAAGGGAGGACUCAAGAUCCGCACAAGCUACCAGACUUACAAGGACUGCCAGCACCUCUUGAGUGGGGCUCAUGAGGCCGGCACGGAGACGGAGGCCUUAAGACAGUUUGAGGGCGGAGUCAAGCUGGGUAUUGGCACCUUCAACUUGAUGCUGUCACUUUUACCAGCAAGAAUACUGAGGCUGUUGGAGUUCAUUGGGUUUUCAGGAAACAGGGAGUUUGGUCUGUCCCAGCUGAGGGAGGGGGCCCAGAGCCACAGCCUGAGGGCCAUAUUGAGCGCGCUCACUCUGCUCUUCUACCACACUUAUGUCUGUCUCAUACUGGGUACGGGUGAGGGUAAUUUAGUAGAAGCAGAAGCUCUCUUGCAUCCUUACGUGGAGAAAUUUCCAAAGGGUUCCCUCAUUCUGUUCUACACGGCAAGGAUAGCCACACUCAGGGGCCAUUUUGAGAAGGCUCAGCAGAAGUUCCAGGAGUGCAUCAGUGCGCAGCAGCAGUGGCGUCAGAUCCACCACCUGUGCUACUGGGAGCUGAUGUGGUGCCACUCCUACCAGCAGCAGUGGACUCAGGCACUCAAAUACGCAGACCUGCUCUACAAGGAGAGCCGCUGGUCUAAGGCGAUCUACAUGUACCAGAAGGCGGCCAUCUUGACCAUGAUGUCAGAGGAGGAGGCUCGGCAGACUGGCGAGAACGUGGAGGAGCUGUUCAAGAAGGUAGAGGGGCUGAAACAGCGGCUGGCAGGGAAGUCCAUCCCCAUUGAGAAGUUUGCCGUGAGGAAGGCGCGCAGAUACUCCACAGCCACUCCAGUCAAACUAGUGGUGCCCGCCCUGGAGAUGAUGUAUAUGUGGAAUGGCUUCACCAUCGUUGGGAAGAGACAGGACGCAACUGAAGCUCUCCUGAUUACUAUAGAGAAGGCAGAGCAGAGCUUACACACUACCACUAACGAGUAUACGGUAGAUGACGAGUGUUUGAUUCAGCUGCUGAAGGGCUUGUGCCUCAAGCACCUCAACAGACUCCUACAGGCUGAACUCUGCUUCACACAAGUGAUGGCCAGUGAGAAGAGGAUUCGCUAUGACCACUACCUGGUACCCUUCACACUCUACGAGCUGGGACUGCUUUAUAAACUACAGGGUGACUUCGCCAAAGCAACCAAAUACGUUGAGGAUGCAAAGUUGAACUACAAGGAUUACUCCAUGGAGUCACGGCUUCAUUUCAGGAUCCACGCAGCACUCAACAGCCUAAAGAGUUCACCAGUCAGCACACCUUAACACACACACACACACACACACACACACACACACACACACACACACACACACACACACACACACACACACACACACACACACACACACACACACACACACACAGUGGUCUGGAAAAGAUAGUACUUAGGACUUUUACUUAAGUACAUUUUUGGUGUACAACUUUUUACUUUCAAGUAAUAUUUUCACAGGGUACUACUUUUACUUAAGUACACAACUUCAGUACUUCUUCCACCUCUGACACACACUCUGACACACACACACACACACACACACACACACACACACACACACACACACACACACACACACACACACACACACACACACACACACACACACACACACACACACACACACAGCAAGUGAAAGUCAGUCACAUACUGUCCCUUCUUUUUCUCACAUGCUCAAGGACACACACACACACGCACACACACGCACACACACACACGCACACACACACGCACACACGCACGCACGCGCGCGCGCGUACCCACCCACAGCCAUUCCAACAAUGUCUUUUCAUCAGCGUCUCAUUGUUGCACUCUGUAGCAGUGUGCCUUCCUGACGUUUGCGAUGAUGGUCCGAGAUGAUCACCAAAGUAAGAGGAAUGCUUGAAAUCGCAACACACACGUUCACACACACUCACUCCUACACUAUACAUGCUGUACUGUACUUACUGCUUGACAUACAGUAUAUACUCACGGUUUAACACACACACAGUCACAGACUCCCUACACACACACACACACACACACACACACACACACACACACACACACACACACACACACACACACACACACACACACACACACACACACACAAGCAAACACUCCACUCCUAACACAGCCAUACCUCAUUUUAUCACAUGUAACCUUGUAAGCACACUGUUCGCUAUCAUACACACACACACACACACACACACACACACACACACACACACACACACACACAAACACGAUACACACGAUACACACUGAUAAGUUAACACUUGGAGUCAACGGGGUUUAGAUUAAAACGGUUUUACCGACCGAAUGUAAUGAUUUUCAAACAGAGACCAAAUAUGAGUGUCGUGUGUCUGUGUGUGCAUGCGUGCGUGCGUGCGUGCAUGUGUGUGUGAGUGCGUGUGUGUGUAUGUCUCACUCGAAUGAGUGCAAUAAUUAACCCCUUGAUGGCCAUUAUGAGUUAAUCCUAGUUUCUGUGUCAAUGUCUGUAUCAUAUGUGUCUUAUUAUAGUGGUAACGUUUUCUAAGAAGCUUGUGCUUUAUUCAUAGGCCUUUAUAAACACAUUCCCAAAGUCUUAUAAUGUGUACAUGAAGUACAAGAAGCGUUGCUGACUAUUUAUACCAACCCUUUUUAGAUGCGUCCACGCAUCUGUAUAUGAGGCGUUGUCCGUCCAUUGGUCCGUCCGCCGUGAUUCAUUUUCUCAGUCAUUGAAAACUGCUUCAAAAUGAUGAAUGAAAUGACUUGUUUUAAAUACAUGCCCCCUGGACCUCUUCAUAAACCUCCAACGCCUGCCCGUAGUCCCUUAAUGCACGCUGUACCUCCUGUGGCAUGCUGUAAUAGACAUUGAAAGUGAACUACUAUAGUACUACACUACUAUGACAAUGCACAGGGCCUUUAGAAAUACAUUACGACUUGGUCAUUGCCAUUCUGGACUGUAACAGCUAAUUUAUAAUGGCGUG